UGGUCAGAAAGACGGUCAAUCAGGGGCCACCGUCACUGAAAUAGUCUAAACGAAUUUAUUUAUCACUUGGAUCAAGUCCCCUGAUAUUCGUCAAGACUAAAGUUCUCAUACGCUAUAUGAACAUUAAUCAUUCCUUACUGAUGUAUUGAAGUCGAAUUCUGACGUGUGUCAGUUAAUCCUUAAUUGUGCAUUAGUUAGUAAAACUUAAAGCAAAAUCUCUAGGGAUAUUUUGUUGAGGCGGUUGUUUGCUGGUAGUAUUGGUAGUAUGUGUGCAAGUAAUGAACUCACUUCGGACUAUAAAGUGUAUCUGUGUAAAACUGUAUUCUUUGAUAAAACAAUGAUAAGACCGUGUUUUCGAUAAUUUCGCAUAAAAGUAUCGUGGUAUACAAAUUAGGUGAAAACUGUUAUAUGUCCUCACAUCCCUGAGAUGUACUAAGAUGGCUGUGUGCGUCGCAGUGAUCGGGAAAGACAAUUCUCCGAAGUAUAUUCGCUGCUCUGAUGAAACAGCGGCUUUACAAUUCCAUUACAAAGUGCACACAUCAAUUGAUAUUAUAGAAGAAAAAUUAAACACUGGAAAUAAGAUGGCAGCUGAUAUUAGGGAGCUCUUUUUAGGAUUGCUAUUUUCAACCGAGGAGCACAAAAUAUUUGGUUAUGCUACAAAUACCAAAAUUAAAUUCAUCAUUGUACUGCAAUCAACAAAUGCAUCUCUAAGAGACAAUGAAGUACGAAUGAUCUUCAGAAAAUUACACUCUGCUUACGCGAACGCAGUGUGCAAUCCAUUCUAUGUACCAGGGGACCAAAUCCAAUCCAAAGGAUUUGACACAGCUGUAAUGGAAAUUAUGGGUGUAUCUUAAUCAAACUUUACACAGUAUGUACUAUUAUAAAAUAUAAGUUAAUUGGUAUAAUUAUGAAAUAAAUAAUUGAACUAAGUGAAAUGAAAAUCGUUGUUUUCUAGUGAUACUGGCAAAUCACUGGCCAAAUCCCACAAUAAACUUCUACCAAACAGA